AUCAUCAUCAUCAUCAUCAUCAAAUAAAAAAAAAAAAAUAUACGUGGUGCCGGCGACAAGACGCUCUGACAUUUUGCUGUUAACAUUAUCCAUUUCUUUGACAAUAUGUUGGUGCUUUAUUUGAGUGUUGUAAUAUUAUUGAUAACAUGGAUUAUUAAAAAAAAAUAUGGUGAUAAAUUAAAUUUACCACCUGGACCAAAAGGUUUGCCAAUUGUUGGAUAUUUACCUUGGCUUGAUGCAAAAGCUCCACAUGAAAGUUUAACACUUGUCAGUCAAAAAUAUGGUAAAAUUUGUGGUCUAUGGAUGGGCUCAGUUUACACUGUUUUAUUGUCUGAUCCAAAAAUCAUCAGACAGACAUUGGCAAGGGAUACUUUCUCAGGAAGGGCACCACUUUAUCUCACGCAUGGUAUAAUGAAGGGUUAUGGAAUUAUUUGUGCAGAAGGAGAAUUAUGGAAAGAACAGAGAAAAUUUGUUACAACAACAUUAAAAAAUUUAGGAAUGGUUAAAUUUGGUUCGAAGCGUGAUCAAAUGGAAGAAAGAAUUGUUCGAUCUGUCAACGAAUUAAUUGAGAAUUUUAAAGAAAAUUUAAAUAUAUUUGAAAUUGAUCCACUGGAAAUUCUUCAUCAUUGUAUUGGAAAUUUAAUGAAUGACAUUGUUUUUGGUAAAGUUUAUAAUGAAAAUGAUGAAACAUGGAAAUGGCUGAGAUUUUUACAAGAAGAUGGUAUAAAACAUAUUGGCAUUGCUGGACCAUUAAAUUUUCUUCCAUUUUUACGUUUUAUACCAAAAUAUAACAAAGUAAUGAAUUUUUUAAUUGAAGGAAAAUUAAAAACUCACAAAAUUUAUAAAAAUAUGAUUGAAGAACAUGAAAAAAAUCCGGUAAAUUGUGAUAAUUUUUUAGCAGCUUUUAAUGAUGAAAUUAUAAAAAAACGUAAUGAAAAUAAUGGUAUUGUUGGAUCAUUUACUGAGCAACAAUAUUAUCAUCUUCUUGCUGAUAUAUGUGGUGCUGGUACUGACACAAGUCUCAUGACGAUUCGUUGGUUUUUACUCUAUAUGGCUACAAAUCCUGAACAACAGGAAAAAAUUUAUCAAGAUAUUUUUGAUGUAAUGGGAGAUAAAGAGAUAACACUAAAUGAUCGAUCAAAAUUAGUUAGAUUAGAAUCAUCAAUUUGUGAAGUACAAAGAAUUCGAAGUAUUGUUCCAAUUGGUAUACCUCAUGGUUGUCUUGAAGAUUCAAAAAUUGAAAAUUUUGAUAUUCCAAAAGGUACAAUGGUUGUACCACUUUUAUGGUCAAUACAUAUGAGUUCUGAAUAUUUUAAAAAUCCUGAAGAAUUUAAUCAUGAUAGAUUUUUAAAUGAUGAUGGAACAUUUAAAAAAUCAGAAGCAUUUAUUCCUUUUCAAACUGGUAAACGAGUUUGUGUUGGAGACGAACUUGCAAGAAUGAUAUUAUUUCUUUAUGCUGGAAGGAUACUUCAAAAUUAUAAAAUUUCAAUUCCAAAAAAUCAUGUUGUAGAUUUACGAGGUGACAUAGGAAUAACCCUCAUUCCAAAACCUCAUAAACUUGUAUUUUCAUCACGUUUAUAA